CAUUAGCAUCAAACUCUUCACUCUUGUCUCAAGUUUAGUUGAGUAAAUUGAGAAUAAGUUUAAACUACUGUCUUGUUGUAAUAACACAGAUAGACUUGCAAAUAUAUUUCAUUUACAAUGGCCGGAGGAGGCAUGGUGGCCUCUAGCGGAGGCACCGAAUUCGAGGCGAAAAUCACCCCCAUAGUCAUCAUUUCGUGUAUCAUGGCAGCUACCGGAGGACUCAUGUUCGGUUAUGAUGUUGGUGUAUCAGGCGGUGUAACAUCGAUGGAUGACUUCUUGAAGAAGUUCUUUCCGGUGGUAUACCGGAAAACACAAGCAGAUGAUGACAGUAACUACUGCAAAUACGACAACCAAGGUCUCCAGCUAUUCACAUCAUCAUUAUACUUGGCUGGUUUAACGGCAACUUUCUUUGCUUCUUAUACAACAAGAAGACUCGGCCGGAGAUUCACUAUGUUGAUUGCCGGAAUAUUUUUCAUUAUUGGAGUUGUUCUUAAUACGGCUGCUCAGGACCUUGCCAUGCUUAUUGCUGGUAGAAUUUUACUUGGCUGUGGCGUUGGUUUUGCUAACCAGGCUGUGCCAUUGUUCUUAUCAGAGAUAGCACCCACCAGAAUCAGAGGAGGACUAAACAUAUUGUUCCAGCUCAACGUUACGAUUGGAAUUCUUUUUGCCAAUAUUGUUAAUUACUUCACUGCUAAAAUAGAUGGCUGGGGCUGGAGACUAUCUUUGGGACUUGCUGGGAUUCCUGCACUACUUUUAACAGUUGGUGCUCUGCUAGUUGUCGACACUCCCAACAGUCUUAUUGAGCGUGGAAAGUUGGCGGAAGGCAAAGAAGUUCUCAGAAAAAUCCGCGGCACUGACAAAAUCGAGCCAGAGUUUUUAGAGCUUGUGGAGGCCAGCCGUAUAGCUAAAGAAGUUAAACAUCCCUUCAGAAACCUCCUCAUGCGAAGAAAUCGGCCACAGCUUGUCAUAGCAAUUGCAUUACAGAUUUUCCAACAAUGCACGGGGAUAAAUGCAAUUAUGUUCUAUGCACCGGUGCUGUUUAGUACAUUGGGAUUCAAGGAUAACGCGUCGCUCUACUCUGCUGUGAUCACAGGAGCUGUUAAUGUGUUGUCUACUGUUGUAUCAAUCUAUGUAGUUGACAAAUUAGGCCGUCGCAUACUCUUACUUGAAGCUGGAGUUCAAAUGUUCCUCGCGCAGAUAAUAAUAGCAAUUGUACUCGGAAUCAAGGUUACAGAUCAUUCGGACAAUUUAGGCACUGCUUAUGCAGUUAUAGUUGUGGUGAUGAUUUGCACAUUCGUAUCUGCCUUUGCUUGGUCAUGGGGACCUUUGGGAUGGCUAAUUCCGAGUGAGACAUUUCCUCUUGAGACGCGAUCAGCUGGACAGAGCGUCACAGUUUGUGUGAACUUGCUCUUCACUUUUGUCAUAGCACAAGCGUUUCUCUCAAUGCUUUGCCAUUUUAAGUAUGGCAUUUUCUUGUUUUUCUCUGGUUGGGUUUUGAUAAUGUCCAUCUUUGUGGUAUUUUUGGUACCCGAGACAAAGAAUGUACCGAUUGAAGAGAUGACAGAUAGAGUGUGGAAGCAACAUUGGUUCUGGAAGAGAUUCAUGGAGGACGAAACUGAUGAUGGUUUUAAGAAAAAUGGUCAUGCAAAAGUGUUUGAUCCGGUUGCUCAGCUGUAGAGAAAAGAUCAAUGUUGUUUAAGAUAAUAUAUGUACAACAAUAGUCUCAUUCAUCUCAAAAAAAAACUGUUCUUAUUAUGUAAUAUAAAUAUUAUUCAGAAACGUCA